GAUGCCCUCGCCUCUCCCCUACAAAUAGUCUCCCCCCAGCUCAUACGAGCCACUCCAUAGAAUAGAGGAAGAGAAAGGCCGGUCUCAUCCUCUCCUAUCACCCUCAUGGAGCUCUUGUCGCUGGCAUCCGCCAUCCUUCUCCUCUGCUCUUUAUUCCUUGUAUGGAGAGUCUUCGACGGGAGGAGGAACCGGAACUGCUACCUCCUCGACUACAUCUGCUUCAAGGCGUCGGACAGCCGCAUGAUCUCCACCGAGCUCAGCGGCGACAUCAUCUACCGCAACGAGAACCUGGGCCUCCCCGAAUACAAGUUCCUCCUCAAGGUCAUCGUCAACUCCGGCAUCGGCGAGCAGACCUACGGCCCGAAGAAUAUAGUCGACGGGCGCGAGAAUUCGCCGACCCACGAGGACGGCAUCUCCGAGAUGGACGACUGCUUCAACGCCACGCUCGAGGAGCUCUUCCGCAAGUCAGGCUUCGGCCCGUCGGACAUCGACAUGCUCGUGGUCAGCGUCUCCAUGUUCUCCCCCGGCCCCUCCCUCGCGUCGCGGAUCGUGCAGCGGUACGGGAUGCGGGAAGACAUCAAGGUCUUCAACCUCUCCGGGAUGGGGUGCAGCGCGAGCCUCAUCGCAGUCCAGCUGGUCAGGGAUGUCUUCAGGGUGCGCAAGAAGAUGCUGGCCGUCGUGGCGACAUCCGAGUCCAUCAGUCCGAACUGGUACUCCGGCAGCGACAAGUCGAUGAUGCUGGGGAACUGCCUCUUCCGUUCCGGCGGCUGCACCAUGCUUCUCACCAACGAUCCCGCGCUGAAGCGCCGCGCGAAGAUGCGCCUCGGGUGCCUCGUGCGCACCCACAUCGGCGCCAGCGACGACGCCCACGGCUGCGCGAUGCAGAAGGAGGACGACGUCGGGCGCGUCGGGUUCCACCUCAGCAAGAGCCUCCCGAAGGCGGCGGCGCGCGCCUUCUCGGACAACCUCCAAACGCUAGCUCCGCAGGUGCUCCCCGUGAGGGAGCUCCUCCUUUACAUCGCCCGGGGUGUUCGGCAGAUGCUGAACGGCGGCAGCAAGGACCCGACGGCGGCCGCGAGAGUGAACUUCAAGGCCGGGGUGGAGCACUUCUGCCUCCACCCCGGGGGGGCGGCGGUGAUCGAGGGGGUGGGGAGGAGUCUCGGGCUCACCAAGUAUGACCUGGAGCCUGCGAGGAUGACGCUGCACCGGUGGGGGAACACGUCGGCCAGCAGCCUGUGGUACGUGCUCGGUUACAUGGAAGCCAAGAAGAGGCUGAGGAGGAGCGACAGGGUGCUGAUGAUAAGCUUCGGGGCGGGCUUCAAGUGCAACAGCUGCUUGUGGGAGGUGCUGAGAGACCUCGAGGAUGGGGGCGUGUGGGAGGAUUGCAUCCAGAGCUACCCUCCUCAAUCCUUAGUCAAUCCCUUCAUGGAGAGGUACGGCUGGAUCAAUGACGGCUGAGCUCUCCAUCUGUAGUUCAUUACCCUUUUCCUUUCCUUCAUGUUUUUGGAAGAUGAUGAAUCUAUAUAUAUAUAUAUAUAUAGAUUACAGAUGUCUUCAUGCGUGGUGUGGUCUUUGUUUUUAUUUCUUUUUUCCUUCAAUUCCCCCUCUUUGUUUGAUUUGUUCGAUUACUUUGAAUAAGUUACCAUUGGACCUAUCAAAAUCAAUAAACAAACAAAUAACUUAUUA